UGGCGGGAGGGCGGCUCUGAGGAGACCUCGGCGGCGGCGGAGGAGGAGAGAAGCGCAGCUCCGCGCAGCGCCGGGGCCCAUGUGGGGAGGAGUCGGAGUCGCAGUUGCCGCCGCCGCCGCCUGUAGCUGCCGGAGCCGGGUGGGAGUGAGGGGGACACGGCAGGAUGAAGUUCGCCGAGCACCUCUCCGCGCACAUCACUCCCGAGUGGAGGAAGCAGUACAUCCAGUAUGAGGCAUUCAAGGAUAUGUUGUAUUCAGCUCAGGACCAGGCACCUUCUGUCGAAGUUACAGAUGAGGAUACAGUUAAGAGAUAUUUUGCCAAGUUUGAAGAGAAGUUUUUCCAAACCUGUGAAAAGGAACUUGCCAAAAUCAACACAUUUUAUUCAGAGAAGCUGGCAGAGGCUCAGCGCAGGUUUGCUACACUUCAGAAUGAGCUUCAGUCUUCACUGGAUGCACAGAAAGAAAGCAUUGGUGUCACUACAUUGCGACAACGCAGAAAGCCAGUCUUCCACCUGUCCCAUGAGGAGCGUGUCCAACAUAGGAAUAUUAAAGACCUUAAGUUGGCCUUCAGCGAGUUCUACCUCAGCCUCAUUCUGCUGCAGAACUAUCAGAAUCUGAAUUUUACAGGGUUUCGAAAAAUCCUUAAAAAGCACGACAAGAUUCUGGAAACAUCUCGUGGGGCAGAUUGGCGAGUGGCUCAUGUAGAGGUGGCCCCAUUUUAUACAUGCAAGAAAAUCAACCAGCUCAUUUCUGAGACUGAGGCUGUAGUAACCAAUGAACUUGAAGAUGGUGACAGACAAAAGGCUAUGAAGCGAUUGCGUGUCCCUCCUUUGGGAGCGGCUCAGCCUGCGCCAGCAUGGACUACUUUUAGAGUUGGCCUAUUUUGUGGAAUAUUCCUUGUGUUAAAUAUUACCCUCGUGCUUGCAGCCGUAUUUAAACUUGAAACAGAUAGAACUGUAUGGCCCUUGAUAAGAAUCUAUCGGGGUGGCUUUCUUCUGAUUGAAUUCCUCUUUCUACUGGGCAUCAACACGUACGGUUGGAGACAGGCUGGAGUAAAUCAUGUCCUCAUCUUUGAACUUAAUCCAAGAAACAAUUUGUCUCAUCAGCAUCUCUUUGAGAUUGCUGGAUUCCUGGGGAUAUUAUGGUGCCUGAGCCUUCUGGCAUGCUUUUUCGCUCCAAUUAGUAUCAUCCCUAUAUAUGUGUACCCACUUGCCCUUUAUGGAUUUAUGGUCUUCUUUCUUAUCAACCCCACCAAAACUUUCUACUAUAAAUCCAGAUUUUGGCUGCUUAAACUUCUGUUUCGAGUAUUUACAGCUCCCUUCCAUAAGGUAGGCUUUGCUGAUUUCUGGCUGGCCGAUCAGCUGAACAGCCUGUCAGUGAUACUCAUGGACCUGGAAUAUAUGAUCUGCUUCUACAGUUUUGAGCUCAAAUGGGAUGAGAGUAAGGGCCUGUUGCCAAAUGAUCUACAAGAACCAGAAUUUUGCCACAAAUAUACAUAUGGAGUGCGAGCCAUUGUUCAGUGUAUUCCUGCUUGGCUUCGCUUCAUCCAGUGCCUGCGCCGGUACCGUGACACAAAAAGGGCCUUUCCUCAUUUAGUAAAUGCUGGCAAAUACUCCACCACUUUCUUCACCGUGACCUUUGCAGCCCUGUACAGUACUCACAAAGAACGACAGCACUCAGACACUGAGGUGUUCUUUUACCUGUGGGUUGUCUUCUGUGUCAUCAGCUCCUGCUAUACCCUCAUUUGGGAUCUCAAGAUGGACUGGGGUCUCUUUGAUAAGAACGCAGGAGAAAACACUUUUCUCCGGGAAGAAAUUGUAUACCCCCAAAAGGCUUAUUACUACUGUGCCAUCAUAGAAGAUGUGAUACUGCGCUUUGCUUGGACUAUCCAAAUCUCUAUUACUGCUACGACUUUUCAGCCUCAUGUUGGGGACAUCAUUGCUACUGUCUUUGCCCCCCUUGAGGUUUUCCGGCGAUUUGUAUGGAACUUCUUCCGCCUGGAGAACGAGCAUCUGAAUAACUGUGGUGAAUUUCGUGCCGUGCGGGACAUCUCUGUGGCCCCCCUGAAUGCAGAUGAUCAGACACUCCUUGAGCAGAUGAUGGACCAGGAAGAUGGGGUGCGAAACCGCCAGAAGAAUCGGUCAUGGAAGUACAACCAGAGCAUAUCCCUGCGCCGGCCUCGCCUCGCGUCCCAAUCCAAGACUCGAGACACUAAGGUAUUGAUAGAAGAUACAGACGACGAAGCUAACACUUGAAUUCUCUGAAGUCUCGAUUUACAUCCUUGGUUUCCUACUCUACAAUUCUUCCCUUGACCAACGCAACCUCCAGCACCUUUUUCCAGCUGAGAACAGGAGAAAACAGAACACGUUCCCGGGCUCUUCAGAUCGGGUCCUAUGGACUCGAGCAAGCUCACUGUGUUUCUUUUCUUUUCUUCUGGUUUAAUCUUCAUUUUCUAUUUUUAAAACAAAAACUUCAUUUUGCCAAUCAGAGGAUGUUUUAAGGAACAAAAACCUAAUAUCUUAUGGAUUGUUUACAAUCACAAAGACACAGAUGCCCAUCAGGAUGAGGAACAGGCAUUGGAAGGAGGCCUCUGAUGGACAGCAUGGACAUAACUCAGCUUCUGCCUAGCCCGGUUUUGACUGUUUGAAACCGGACACUGGUUUUUAAAUUUUCUGUCAGUUUCUGUGGAGAGUUUUUUCCCUCCCUUCCUAGCCAGCAUAGAGCCACUGGCAGCACUUGCAGGGAAAGCUUGGAGCAGCACCCUCCUCCACGAAGCUGCUUUUUAAUUUGACGUGGGUUUUCUCAUUUGGGGAGGGUUUUGGGUGGGUGGGGAAUAUGAUGUAUUCGUUACAUAUGGUCUUCUUAUUAUUUAUGAAACUUAACCAUAAGUGAAUGAUACUACUCCUAUGAAGGGAGGCAGGAGGAACUAAGGGUAGAUGGUAUUUGGGAGGGUCAAGCCCACAUACCUUUUCCAGGAAACAGUUUGUACCAGUUUGUACUUUUCCUCUUUCGUUUUAACUUUAAGCCAAAGUUUUAUUGCUAAAUUUUAAGUUGCUGCUCUAGAGUCCCAAGUGUCACUGUCAUGACCUGGCAUCCACUUGCUUCCCACUGGUAGACAUUCAGAGCAAAGGCUCUGAUACUUGUGUCUUUAGGAACAGGUGCAGGAUACACUCGCCCAUUUACCAGUCCCAAUAAUGAAGUUCUGCCAUCUGCUUCUGCAUGUAGGAGAAGAGAGUCUGAGUUCUCCUGGCUGAAUGGAAAGGCAGGCCUAAUUUCAGACUCUUCACAUCUUUAUUAAAUAAUUCCCCUUCUUGUCUCAUCUACUUUACCCAGAAUUUGAUCAAACUAAAAGUCUUUGGUGGGGGCUGUACUUUUGAGCAUGUAGAACAAAUCCUUCAUCCUUCAAAUUACAUUGACAGAGAAGACCUUGGCAGCCAUUUUUAAGGCCAGCAGUAUUAAAAAGUGAAUGUUGGAUUUUAUGACCUCCCAUGAUAGAACCCUUUUUAAUUUGGGGCCUCUAAACUUGGCCAUACUUUUAAAACUAUAUUUCUUAGAAAUUUCAGGCUAUAAAUAUACAUUUUUAUUUCUUUAUCUCAUCCCAUCUUCCUAAAUUCUCUAGAGAAACCUAAAAACAUACACUUGACUUUCUUGAAAUGGUUGGUAUCAAAUUUACUAUUCUUCAGGACUAGGGGUAUAGAUCAUUGGUAGCAGUGAUUGCUUAGCAUUCUUGAGACCUUGGGUUUUCUCUCAGCAUGGGUGGGGAGGAGAACCACUCUUUAAUAAAGUUAAUAUAAAUACUAGGAAAAGGUAAAGUCAGCUUUAGUGCCCCCACCCCUGGAUCUAGGAGAGCCAUCAGAAUCCAUUCACUUAUGCCCUUUUCACAUUAACUUGAAACAGAGAACUAAUGACUAGGAAGACGGCCAUCAACACUUGCUUUGUUUUAAAAGUUGGCUGCUGCCCUUUAACCUCCCUUUUGUCAUGAGCCCUGCCUGUGCAUCAUAACCGUCCCUCAUUAAAGUUACUGCACUACUAAAAUUCCACCUAUUAACUCAUCAACUUCCUUCUAGAAAGGGUUUCUUUCAUUUUUAUUCUGACAGAGUUCCAAUUUUUUUUCUUCUUUCAGAAAUGAGAUUUUAACACAUACAUUCAUAUCCCCGCAAGUACAUACAGUGUUGUAGGUUCUCUUGCUUUGUGUUAUGCCAAGCAUGUCCCUUGCCCCAAAACUAAAGAAGAAACAUUUAUUUUUAAAAAACAAAUUUUAAAUAAAUUGUAUACUUUAUAAUAAUCAGUGGUAACAAUUUAGAGACCCUUUGUAAAUUAAAGGUUGCAUUAUUUCUAUUUAGAAUUUUUUUUUUCCUAACCUAGGUUUUUAUACUUUAAAGCAGGUGAUCGAUCUCACUGGUCUCUGAGGUAACAUCAGCAAGUACUAAGACUCUAUAGAAAAGUCCAGUGACUUAUGAUUUCUUGUACAAUAAAGUCAGUGGUACUGUGUAUCCAGAGCCACGUGAAUUGGCAGCUUCUUUCUCUGGUAGUCAGUCUGUGUGUGACAUGCAGAAACUCACACAGUUGACUUCCACCAUUCCAACUCCUUGAUGUUUUCACGUCAGUCACGUCAGUUAACAUGUGGCCAGCUUGGUCUUUCUCCACCUGUUAGGAUCCAGGCCCUAAUCAGUAUUAUUUCUUUCAUAAAUAAUGCAGAGAUAGAGUGUAUUCAUUUUUGGCAUUUGUCCUGUUGCCUACUCAAAGUAAGGCUUACAUGCUCUCCAGCUUACCACGGCAGAUGCCCAGUACUUUCUUACACACUCCGGCUUCAUCUCCCUGGCUCUAAAGAGAUUACUUUAUCCAACGAAUUUGGGAAACCAAGCGUGCAUUUCAGUUUUUCCUUUCGAAAAGGCGAUGUGCAUUUUUCUCUCCUUGAUUCCAUCUGGCCUAAGCACUGUCGGCAGUGUGUCCUGCUAAUGUUCAGUUGCAUAAUCCUGUACCCUGAAACUCCUGAUGGAAAUCUUAGAAGUGAAUCCACACCACAGCCAUGUUACAAACUAGUCCUUAAUUUUAGUUUUGUUUGAAAAGGGUUCCAUUUUUAACAGUGCUUAAAAUACUCCCAAGAGGAAUGCAAUAGAGAAUAAAGUCUGUUUUCCAUUUUAUACAAUGUAGGAAGCAAAGGAGUACAAAGAGAGCUAUUAGCGGUUUGUUCUUAACAAAUGAAUGCCUAUAGCAGAAGCUGCCAUGGCGUGACAAUGGAUCGUUGAUAAUGUCCUCUCGUACAGAGACAAAGGCAUGAUCAGAGAUGAAGUCGUCCGAUAGUCACGUGUGUCAUGUUGGCUUUUUGUCUCCAGCACCCUAUUAUUAGAAGACUUCGUAGGUUCGGGGACACAGUGUGAAAGAAUGCCAGUAACUCAGCAAGAAUCUGGACAAACUCUUAGAGCAGGCCCGACUGCCUAGCCGCGACUCCCAGCAUUCCGAAUGAGAGCACUGCUGUUUCAGCGGACUCAGUUCACAGGUGGUGUCUUCCCAACAUGGCUCCCUAGUUUCCCAAUAGAUGGACCUAGCGCAAGGCAAGAGUGGAACUGAGCCACACAGAUGCACCUUAGCACUGAGUUGGAGAUAACAGAGAGGACUUGGGCCUUGGCAGCAGGAACAGGGCACUAGGUAAAUCACAUGACCUUUCCGUCCCUCUGUGCCUCCAUUUCCUCUCACUGCAUCAUUUAAGAAUAGUUUUUAUACCUGAAUUCGAUUUUCUGAGGAGUAACUACAGAGAUUUCUUAUUCUAAGGAAAGAAUUUAGAAAUAACACUGUCUCUGACAUUAUAGUAAACCCCUGGGAUUCUCUGAAGUGAUAAUACUAUUUCAUCGAUAUGUUGUAGGUUGUCAUUCUUUUACUAGUCUAAUAAAAUUUGCCUCCCUCUUAAUAGAUACAUCUUACUAUAAACAGUGUACUCUGGUGUCUAAAAUUAAGGUAACUUAGACUAAAAGUUGAUCAUGUAGAAUCUUGAUCUCCCUCGACUACAGAAACCGUACUUUACUCUAAUAAACCAGUGUCAUUAUUGACCAGGUGAAAAUCGAAAUUUAGAUUGAAUUUUGAAAACGGUGAUCUGUUUUCUACUUGGUCUAUUGGUUUUUGCUGGUCAUUCGCUUCAACAUGGAUUUCUGCGGUUCUGCUAUCAGUCACGAUAUUAAAUCCUAAAGCUCCCAACCUGCCUAUUUCAAGUUUAUACAGAACAUGUGGUUGUGUGGGACAGAGCUGGUUCUGUUGUAGCAUCCAUUUGUGGCAUGGCGUGUGACAAAUCAGCCUUGUAGCCCGCAUUAACCACACUCUAGUCAAUGAAUAGUAGCAAAAAGCAAAAGCAUCUCCUUAGAUUUGAGAGAGCUGAAGUCAGACAGUACAAACAUUUUCCUGAUGGAGAAGAGGUACUGAUGGGUGUGACCCCUGAUGCCUUUUUCACACACUUUCAAAGCCGAUACUGAGCUGCCCCCGGAAGCAACUUUCAGAAUGUAUUUUCUUAUGGUGGAUGAGGAGGUGAGGGGGACAAGAUGAGUUUUCCUUGAAGUGGGGAGAAUCCUAUCAGUUUACAACUGAAUGUGUUUCCUUGUAGCAGGCCUUUGGUUUAUUUUAUUAAACCAAUGCCAGCUUCAGUUUUGUUUUGUUUUGUUUUGUUUUUGUAUGGUGCCAUCCACCUAGGAGGACAAUCAAAUAACCUAUUGUUUGCUUUGGAUUUGGUGUCUAUUGAUUCUCAUCUUGUAUACCUCUGAACUUAAUUUCUACUUGGCGCCUAUCCAUGUGAGUCACCACGAGUCAGAGGGCAGCUAGCAGCACUGCUGGACAGCUGUAGACCUGUGAGAAAGGGCAGGGUCCUGCCUCCCUGUUUCAAACACUAUUCCUGAAGUUCUUGCCUACACUUCUCCCAACAUCCUUAGCAAGACUAGUGUGCUCUGGACAGGGAGAAGGAGUUUUUAUGACAUUGUUAUUGUUUGAACUGUUAAGGUAAAAUUGUAAACCACUCCUGUUUCAUCUGCAAAAAGAACAAAACCCUUGAAGCUUUAUUCCAUUGUGAAGACUGGGUUAGCACAGGAGCUUGUACCAGUGAAGAGUAGGAUGGAAUAGGGUGAAACUUGUUAUUUUUUCUUUCAAGUCCUCUCUCUACUGUGUUACACACACACACACACACACACACCUCCACCCCGCCACACCGUGUUGGUCAGAUGAUGCUGUCCUGUGACUUCCUGAGCUAUAGUUGUCAAGAGUAACUAUGGAUUGUGAUUAGUCCUCUGUGGGUGACUCUUGCCCCGUUUGCUCCCUUGCUUUCUUCCCUACUCUCCACUCCGGUGACGUCAAGGAAUCAAUGCUUGCUUGGACUCACGUCGUAUCUGUAACUAUGCUAUUAGCUGUCUCCUUUUUCCUUCUUCUAUGGGUAGAAUUCUUAUGACCUGUGGAGUUCCCUUCUGGAUAAGUAGGUUAAAUGCACAAUGUGGUACUGUUCUAUAGUUUCUAGAUGGUUAAUGUGCUUAUGUGUUUUUAAAAGAAAAUAAGUGAUUGGUUUCAAAACACUGGCCUUUUUCAUUAUUAUAAGCUCUG